AUGAUUCCUCAACAACGUCCUCACAACAACAACGACCAAUGGGGUCUCUUAUCCAACAUUUCGCUCACUACAACGCCCAUGGCUAGUACUGGUGGUUAUCUUGGGUCUUCCACAACAGACUCCGUUCAACACCACAUGAUCAUGAAUACUCAUGUGAAUACUCAUGAGCACCCAAUGCAGCAACCUGUAGAGAAUAACGCUGACGACUCUGUGUUACAAUUCAUGCUUCAAUGGCUUUCUCACAACCUCGAUCAGCUUCCCAUCGAAACUGCUAUUUCUAUUGUCACAAAGAUUUCUCAAUUAAUGAACACAGCUAGUGGCGAAGACAGAUCAUACACAGGUUGCAAUGAUCCUUUAACCAAUUUUCAUAAUCAUCCUCAAGUUCAAAAUAGCCGGUUCAUCGAGAAUCUUGCACCUGUGCCGUUUUGGAGCACAACUUCGUCACCAACAUGCCAACAUUUAAACAGUGUGCAUGAGUUACCACGAACAAGUGACCGUGCAUUUCCACAGGCUCCACAACAAGAUGUGUCAAACCAACCGCAUGUUGUACAUGUGAUGACGCAAGAUGGCACUUUCACGACCUCCCAACCAUGUCCUUAUUACUUUCAGCCAUUGGCAAGUGAAUUUUGUUCUUCGUCAGCACUCUCCUCUCCAUCUGUGAACACUUCAGUACCUACGUCAUCUCAAGACUGUGAUCGUUUGCACGGUCUUUAUGGGAACGUUGCAGAACAGCAAGAAUCAAGUUGCGACGCAAACAAUCACCAAGUCACGCCACGACUCACGUCCAUGGCAAACCAUGGCAUUUCCAAGCCACAAAAAUCAAAGAGAAAGAAACGAACCACAAUAUCCACUCAAGACUUGUUGCUUAACCCAUUCUGUAAUCUCUCGGUGGAGUCGUUUAAGAAACAUUCAAGUGGAGAGAGGAAGAAAAGAGGAAGGCCCAAGAGAAGCGAGUUGAAUGAACUCGACGCUCCAGAGAUGAACCAUUCAAACCCUUCCUUUUCCCAUCAUUCCACCUCUAACUUUACAUCAGUCUUUUACACCAAAGGUUCCUUUCACAACAUCAAUUUUUAG